GCGAUUGACGUUUGACAAGACAACGAGUUAUCAAAGGAAGAGAAAUGACAGUGCCGGCACGUAACAAGGCCAAAUUCACGUGUACCGAUGGUUGCUCUUAAAAAAGCGGCUAUUUUAAAUGAAGUAAACAAAAGUGUGAAAAGAAAAAGCUAAGCGAAACAUUCCGAGCAAUCGGAUCCACGCUGUGAAACAAUGGCCGGCCGUAGCUAUGGCUAUAAUUUCGGCUCUUCUUCAUCGCCGUAUUCGUUCAGUUCGAAUUACAACAGCGGGCCGUCUUACCAUCUGACCUCUUCGUCUGGUUACGGAUCUUCAGCCAGCCGGAUCUUGUCCGGUUUCGGAAGCAGUUCGGCCGUUUCGUCUAGUUUCUCGUCAUCGUUCGAUCUUCCCCGACCGAAAUCGUUUGGAAUUAAACCGGCGUUGCAUUACCACUCUCCUUGUCGCAUCAUCAAGUCGAGUUACAUGCCCUCCAUUUCGGAAGGCUACACUUUCAAUUCACGACCAACACCGCCACCAUCAUCCCCGUACCGUCCUCUCCCGUCAUCGACGUUUUCCUCGACGUUGAUCGGGUCAGGUGGCACUGGAAACCGAGCUGCAAGUGACGCUAGUUACCGUCGAAUGAACGUGCGUAACACGGCCAACAUAGACGUGGUGAAUCGUCCGCCAUCGCGACAGGACAAACAGCCGCGUCAGACAUUGAAUAAUAACUGUAGUAGCAGUAAUCGAUCAGAACCGUACGAGGCCUCGCGUCCGCCAGCCUACAGUACCCCGAUCCAACGUGAUUUUACGGUGGGCACGUUAAAGCGCGGCCGGAAGGUCAUCCGCCUUCAAACGAAUCGUCUGCCCAGUCCUGAAACGAUCGCCGCAGAGAAGCCAGAAGAGAAGAAAGUCGAGCGAGUUUGCGAUGAGAUAACGAGCCUUGAUAUUUGCGAAGACAAGGAAGACAAGAGUCCAAAAUGCAAAACAGCCAUGCGAACGUACGGUGGGGCAGAACGCACAGCGUUGCCGGUAGCUCCGGCUGUGACGGCAUCUCCUCCGGCGGAGGCGAUGCCGUCACAGAAGGUGGCGUUGACCCCUGGUGAAAAAAUGAAGAAGAAAUAUAUGCUCUUAUCAAGAAAAGGUCCUCAAAAGACGAUCGAGCCGGCCAUCCAUCACAACCGAUUGGCGGAACCUACUCCGCCCGUGACGGCAGUAGCUGAUGUUUGCACCGUCAGUCCGGUUUCUUUGCCCAAGCAAACGUCACCCGAGCCGCCAAUUCGUAGGCCUCCGCCAACCAAUGAAAUCGCAGUCUCAUCUCCUGUAGCGAUUCCAGCUGUACGCGCCGUCAAAGCUUCAGCUCCUUUACCGGUGAAGCUCGUGAGUCCCAGCAAAGAUUCGGGAUUGGGCUCAUCACCGGUGGUCCUCAUACCGCCAGUUUAUAAUCCGCACUAUCGCGAUCCGAAAAUCAAAUUUCUUCCACGUCCGCAACAAAUCUGCAAUGUCAACUGCCACAAGAAAUGCGAGCGGCAUAUGCCAAACCUGUGCGGCGUCAACCAGAAACUCUUGGCCGAGGCUCUUUCUUCAGUCAAACGAGGUAGCAGUAAUAAGUCGCCACCGACAUCGGUCAAGUCGGAGUCAUCGUCGAAAACGAAGAAGUCGACCAAGAACUCGCAAUCGACAAUCCGCUCCAGUGAGGACACGACGUCCGGUGGCUCAACAUCUUCAGCCGACGAGGACGACUCGACAGAUUCGGACAGCGACGGACGUACGGGAAAACGGCCUGGCGUAACAGGGGUUGGAGGUAGCGGCAGUAGUAAUGCGACAACCAGCAGCACGUCCUUGUCUUCGGUUCCAGCUCGUUGCGAACCGCCCAUCAAGACCAAACCGAAAUUCCGCAAGUACGGAUACGACGAUUUCCAGCUGGUCAAAGUCCUAGGCAAGGGAAGCUUUGGCAAGGUGAUGCUGGCCGAACUGAAAGGUACCGGCUCUUACUUUGCCAUUAAAUGCCUGAAAAAAGAUGUAGUGCUGGAAGACGACGAUGUCGAGUGCACCAUGAUCGAGCGCAAAGUCCUGGCGCUCGGCACCAAACAUCCCUAUCUCUGCCACCUGUUCUGCACUUUCCAAACAGAGUCCCACCUGUUCUUUGUGAUGGAGUAUUUGAACGGGGGCGACUUGAUGUUCCACAUUCAGCAGAGCGGCCGAUUCGAACAGGACAGAGCCCGGUUUUACGCGGCCGAAAUCGUUUCCGGACUCAAAUUCCUACACAAGAAAGGCAUCGUCUACCGAGAUUUGAAGCUUGACAACGUUAUGCUGGACGCGAUCGGUCAUGUACGCUUGGCUGAUAUGGGCAUGUGCCGCACGGACUUGAACCCCCAGAAUCCCGCGUCGACCUUUUGCGGAACACCAGAUUACAUCGCACCUGAGAUCAUUAAAGGUCUCAAGUACAACCAAUGCGUUGAUUGGUGGUCGUUCGGCGUCCUCCUGUACGAGAUGGUGGUUGGACAAUCGCCGUUUAAUGGCUGCGAUGAAGACGAACUCUUCUGGUGUAUCUGUAACGAGCAGGCUUACUAUCCUCGUUUCCUAGCCAAAGAAACUAAAGCCGUCCUUGUCCUGCUCCUAGAAAAGGAUCCUCAGAAACGAUUGGGCACGUCGGGUUGCACAGCCGGUGACAUUGUCGACCAGCCUUUUUUCAAGACCAUCAACUGGGACAAACUGGACCGUAAAGAGAUUGAACCGCCUUUCAAACCUAGAGUGCGGCACAUCUUGGACGUCCAGUACUUUGACUCGGCUUUCACCAUCGAGAAACCCCAGCUGACGCCAGUCGACAAGGACAUCUUGGCAUCUAUGGACCAAACCCAGUUUCGGGGCUUUUCCUACACCAACCCAAACACCACUGACUGAAAAAAAAAGAAAAAGCACGCCGGAAAAUGGGGAAAAAACUAUCAUUGCUACGUACAAAGUUACGCAAAACAUCCAUUUCAACGCAUUUAGAUACACGGGGACGUGAAUUUUAUUGAAUUGGACAGCCCGUUCAGCCCUUUAAGAAGAUUUUGGACUUUCCCUUUCGUACGUUAGUCCUGCUAUCCAGUUAAGAAAUUGCACAAGUAAAAAUGAAAAAAAAAACCAAAAAACCAAAAAUUUAAUCAUAAUGAUAAACAAAAAAUACAAACAAAAAAAAAAACAACAACAUAGAAACCAAACCAAACAAAUUAAAAAAUCAUCUGGUUUGCCUUAAUGAUCAGUGCUGACCUUUGUUGUUUUCCAGCUGUUUGGAAAUUUGAGUCCAUCGGUACAGUUUCGGAGGACUUUUUGUUUUCAAUCUGUAUACUAUUACAGUCCGCAUUUGUUAUUGUAUUGUAGUCAACCUUCGGAAUGACCGAAUCCUCCCAUACCCUACCCGCACACCAAUUUUGGUGCUGCUCCCAGAGCUCGUUAUAUUCAACGUGAACUCUUUGAUGUACAGAUUUCCUUCGCCCAGCAAAUCCUUUGUACUAUUGUUUUAUUUGCCAAUUUGUUUGCUGUUUUUGGACUUAGGACCUGUAAGAAGAUGACAUCGAACUUUAUCGAUGCCUAGGUGCUUGCAGACACUUUUUUUCGCUAUUAUUACGUAAAAAUUGUACAAUAAGCCACAUCACACACAAUUUAAAGUGCUUGCUUGCCUAGAAAUUUUAAUUUUUUUUUUUCAAUUCUUAUUUUAAAAAUAAAUUGGAUAUUCAUUUUUUUUUUUAAAUACCGAAAAGAAAUGAAAUAAACACACCAUAUUCGGACACGAACUGAAUCCUGCGAGAGCGUUUGACGUCUCAUGUGCAUUUUUUAAAUACUAAAGUAAUUAUUACUUACAUAUACAUGUAUAAAGACGCUCACGCAAUAUACAAUAUAAAGAUACAUAUGCUAAAACUGACGAACCGGUUUAAUAGAGACGAUUGGAAUUGAUACCACUGUUAUCACGUCCGCGGUUUUGAAUUGCGUUCUACCUCGCACCGUUGCGGGAUGUUGUGCAAUGUCAUUGCGUAUCUGAGCAAUUCGAACAUUAAUUUGUCGAUAUUUUCCUUUCUAUACUUGUGUAUGUUCCCCUUGGGGUCCUAGCUUCAGGAGUAUUAUUCUUAUUUUUCUACAUGAACGAUGUUCGAUACCGAGCAGAAGUUAUCGAUUUUUUUUUGUUUUGCUAUUUUGCCAAGUUUUCCUUUUGUUCUUAAUCGAUUUUUUUUUUAUUGUUUGGGUAUCAUUUCAUAAAUGCAAUGUUAUGCACAUCAUGUUGCAAAUGCAAAUGUUUGUAACUAUUGCGGAGCCCUCUACCCGACUCCAAAAAGUAACUGUUCUUUCAUUUGCUAUUUCAUUUGUCUGCCUUUCCGUCUCUUUUUCUCUCUACAUCGUUAAUCAGUGUAUAUUGAAUACACCGCUCUUGUAUACAA